UUAUUAAAUUGCGGAGCUUAUGUCUGGCGCACUUGGUAAGUUCAGUAACUAACAUUUAGUCGACAUAUUUGGACGUGCUUGGAAUUAUUUUUGGCAAAUUAUAUUAAUCCGUCAUGCCACCACCACCCCAUGAUCACUGCGGAGGACCACCUCACCGUCGCGGUCCCGUCAUUAAGGUCCAGAUUGCACCACCAUGGCCGCGCCGUCACCACCGUCCACCACCACAAGUGGUGGUCGUCCAGCAAGCACCGCCGCCCCCACCACCAGUUAUGGUGGUGCAACAGGCGCCACCGCCACCACCAGCGUACUACCAACAGCCACCGCCGCCACCACCUGGCAGCAGCCACUACCACAAUCCACAGUACUAGAAGUCUUUCAUCUAAAGCAAAAGAAUUUAUGUAUAGACAUGUAUAGUUUAUAAACAAAAUGCAAAAUAAAUAAAAUAUUAAAAAUUAAA